AUGGCCGAGCGCGCCGCUCGCCCCUGCUGCCUGGGCUGGGACUUCAGCACGCAGCAGGUGAAAGUUGUUGCUGUUGAUGCAGAGCUGAAUGUGUUCUAUGAGGACAGUGUGAAUUUUGACAGAGACCUUCUAGAAUUUGGGACUCAGGGUGGAGUUCAUGUUCACGAAGACGGGCUGACAGUGACCUCUUCAGUCCUGAUGUGGGUCCAGGCUCUGGAUAUCAUCUUGGAGAGGAUGAAGGCUUCGGGCUUCGACUUCUCUCAAGUCCUCGCCCUGUCUGGGGCGGGCCAGCAACAUGGAAGUGUAUACUGGAAGGCUGGGGCCAGCCGAGUGCUGACAAGCCUGUCACCAGACCUCCUGUUACAUAAGCAGCUACAGGCCUGUUUCUCCAUCAGGGACAGCCCGGUGUGGAUGGACUCCAGCACCACAGCCCAAUGCCGUGGGCUGGAGGCCGCCGUGGGCGGGGCCCAGGCUCUCAGCUGCCUCACCGGCUCCCGUGCUUAUGAGCGUUUUACAGGAAACCAAAUUGCAAAGAUUUACCAGCAGAAUCCCGAGGCCUACUCACAGACAGAGAGAAUUUCUUUGGUCAGUAGUUUUGCUGCUUCCCUCUUCCUUGGGUCUUAUGCCCCUAUCGACUACAGUGAUGGUUCUGGAAUGAAUUUGUUGCAGAUCCAGGACAAAGUCUGGUCGCAGGUUUGCCUUGGCGCGUGUGCGCCUCAUUUAGAGGAGAAGCUUGGCACACCCGUACCGUCGUGCUCCGUGGUGGGAGCCAUUUCUUCCUACUACAUCCAGUGCUAUGGAUUUCCUCCAGGAUGCAAAGUGGUGGCCUUCACUGGGGACAACCCUGCGUCGCUGGCAGGCAUGAGGCUGGAGGAGGGUGACAUUGCGGUCAGCCUGGGCACCAGCGACACCCUAUUUCUCUGGCUCCAGGAGCCCGUGCCCGCCCUGGAAGGGCACGUCUUCUGCAACCCGGUUGAUGUCCAGCACUACAUGGCACUCCUGUGCUUUAAAAAUGGCUCCCUCAUGAGAGAGAAGAUCCGUGAUGAGUCCGCUUCCUGUUCCUGGAGUGAUUUCUCCGAGGCGCUGCGGUCCACGGAGAUGGGCAACGGCGGGAAUCUGGGUUUUUAUUUUGACGUAAUGGAGAUCACCCCUGAAAUUAUUGGGCGCCAUCGGUUUAGUGCAGAAAACCGACAGGUCUCAGCAUUCCCUAGGGCUGUGGAGAUCCGGGCACUGAUUGAAGGGCAGUUCAUGGCCAAGAGGAUCCAUGCCGAGGGCUUGGGCUACCGAGUCAUGCCCAAGACAAAGAUUUUGGCCACUGGAGGGGCAUCUCGCAACAGAGAAAUCUUACAGGUGCUUGCAGAUGUGUUUGGUGCCCCAGUGUAUGUCACAGACACUGCCAACUCAGCCUGUGUGGGCUCUGCAUACCGAGCUUUCCACGGCCUUGCAGCUGGAACAGACGUGCCCUUUUCAGAGGUUGUGAAGUUAGCCCCAAAUCCCAGAUUAGCUGCUACCCCAACCCCAGGAGCUGCUCAGGUCUACGAGGCCCUUCUCCCGCAAUACGCCGAGCUUGAGCAGAGAAUCCUGUCCCAGACCCGGGGGCCUCCAGAGUGAAUUCCUCAGGCCCAGGCACCCCUGUUAGCCCUGCCUGCCCAGGCUCACUGAUCCCACUUUGAGCCA